UAUUGAAAACUCAAAAUUUUAUAAUGAAGUAUAAAGUGAUAUUUUUCGUAUUUUUUAAAAUUACACUUUGUUGUACGAUAUCGUCAGCUUCGACGGAUGUAAAUCAACCCGAGAAUCCUGAAUUUGUUAAACAUCUAUUAAUUGAAGGACAAAAGAUUGGCAAAAUCUGCUUAGAAGAUCGUGAUUGCAAAUUCAAUGAUAACAACGAACUUACUUGCGUCUUUCAAAAUAUGAAUAAAAAAAUUGGAAAGUGUGGGUGUCCAGAAAGAAGUAAAUUUAACAGGAACACAUUGUCUUGUACGAUACAGAGGUACAAGAGAAAUUAUCCGGGUUGUACUGAUUGUCACAACGAUAAUGAAUUUUUUUUUAAUGGCGAAUGUCUGGCCGGUAUUGGAGCAGAAUGUCCAGAAGGAUCUGAGUGCCGAGCGGAAAAUAGUAUUUGUGAACGCGGGACUUGUCAGUGUCUAUCUGGAUAUAAGAAAAUUAAUCAAUCUUAUUGUGAGCUAGAUCAAUGUAAAGAAAAUUACGAUGUCUGUGACCCUAAUCUGCACUUUCCGUGCUGUGGUAAUGAAAUGCAAUGCAUUAAUGUGAACCCUGAACUACAAAAACCACUCCACAAAUGUGUGAAACAAAAAAACUUAGGCGAACCUUGUGAGAACAAUUUAGACUGCAUGUUUAUAAGCAACGCCAAAUGUGCGGAGGAUGGAACGUGUAUUUGCAAAAAGUCCGCCUUAGAAUAUGAUAAUGUUUGUUUGAACAUAUUUUAUUUCGAGAUAUUGGCCUCGAAAUAUGAAAGUUUAUUUCAAUUUGAUGUUAACACAAAUAGUUACAACAGAAUGGACGAUAAAAUACCUCAAACAGAUUCCUCAAAAAAAUCGAAUACGAUAUAUGGGGAAUGGUGCUUUACCGAUAGGAACUGUCAAGUCGGAAAUUACCGAGAUCUUGUUUGUCAUAAUUUCAUCAAAGAUAGUUCAAUGAAUUUUUGUACAUGCCCGACAGGAACUAAUUAUGAUUAUGUUAAAAAAAGGUGCACCGUAGAAAGACAUUUGGAAUUCAUAAACAUAAAACAACAAAAACAUUAUGAGAGCAAUCACAUUCAAAUAAAUGGAGUAUGGUACUCAGUAUAUACAGGAAAUUGCAGUGCAAAUACCGAUUGCGAAAAAUUGAUAAAUGGUGUUUGCGAACGUACUCAAUGCAAUUGUAAAAAAAAUUGGAAAGUUAUAAAUAAAACCUUAUGUGAAUUUCCAAUCGCUGAGAUACACACCCGGUGUGAUUUAAACAAAAGAUCAUGUACAACUAGAGAUGACUGCUUUGUACCAAAUUCGAUUUGUAAAACACCGUUUUGCGACUGCGGUGAAGAAGAAUAUUAUACAAAUGGACAAUGUAUCUCCCGAAAAGAUGGUGUCGGUUCGUCGUGCAUAUGUGAGAAAUUAUGCACAGGCCUCAAAUACGGAGUAUGUAGAAACGAUACAUGUGAGUGUGAAGAAAACUAUGAGGUGAAGGGUAAAAGGUGCACUGGAAAACACGGUCAAUCAUGUGAUGAUUCUGAUGAUUGCUUUGCAAACAACGCGAUUUGCAGGAACAAAACAUGUGAUUGCAAAGAUAGCUUUGUUCCCUCGGGAGAUGAUUGUGUCAAAGGGACAAUAACUUUAGGCUCUAAGUGUUCGCUGGAAGAAACAUGUCAGACUAUUAAGUACAGCGAAUGCAAGAAUGGGACAUGCCAAUGUAAAGAAGGUUAUGAAGAACUGAAUAAUGAGUGCCGAGCACUUAUUAAGAAGCCUUGUGAUGUUCGUGGGGAUUGCUAUGCAGAAAAUGCUGACUGUAUUGAGAAAAAAUGUAGUUGCGGAAAUGAUUAUUAUUAUCUUGAAAAAAAUUGUCAUGAACUGAAAAAAGCGUUAAAUGAUUCAUGUACACGUAAAGAAGACUGUCAAAAAAUAAACAAUUCUGAAUGCAAGAAAGACAUGUGUCUAUGUAAAGAUGGUUAUGAAGAACUGAAUAAUGAGUGCCGAGCACUUAUUGGUAAGCCUUGCGAUGUUCCUAAAGACUGCUAUGCAGAAAAUGCUGACUGUAUUGAGAAAAAAUGUAGUUGCGGAAAUGAUUAUUAUCAUCUUGAAAAAAAUUGUCAUGAACUGAAAAAAGCGUUAAACGAUUCGUGCACACGUGAAGAAGACUGUCAAAAAAUAAACAAUUCUGAAUGCAAGGGUGGAAAAUGUCAAUGUCUUUCUAAUUACAAGGAAAGAGAUGGAAUUUGUCUUGGGUUGGAACAGGCUCCUUGUGAAAUUCCAAAAGACUGUUUCGCGAAAAAUGCCACUUGUAAGAAUAAAAAGUGCGAUUGUCCGGAUCGAUUUUAUUAUGAAAAUGAUCACUGCUACAAAAAAGCUACAAAUGUCGACGAUGAGUGCCAUAGUCACACAGCAUGUAAAGAAAAAAAAAAUACUGAAUGCAAGAGUGGAAAAUGUCAAUGUCUUCCUAAUUACAAGGAAAGAGAUGGAAUUUGUCUUGGGUUGGAACAGGCUCCUUGUGAAAUUCCAAAAGACUGUUUCGCGAAAAAUGCCACUUGUAAGAAUAAAAAGUGCGAUUGUCCGGAUCGAUUUUAUUAUGAAAAUGAUCACUGCUACAAAAAAGCUACAAAUGUCGACGAUGAGUGCCAUAGUCACACAGCAUGUAAAGAAAAAAAAAAUACUGAAUGCAAGAGUGGAAAAUGUCAAUGUCUUCCUAAUUACAAGGAAAGAGAUGGAAUUUGUCUUGGGUUGGAACAGGCUCCUUGUGAAAUUCCAAAAGACUGUUUCGCGAAAAAUGCCACUUGUAAGAAUAAAAAGUGCGAUUGUCCGGAUCGAUUUUAUUAUGAAAAUGAUCACUGCUACAAAAAAGCUACAAAUGUCGACGAUGAGUGCCAUAGUCACACAGCAUGUAAAGAAAAAAAAAAUACUGAAUGCAAGAGUGGAAAAUGUCAAUGUCUUCCUAAUUACAAGGAAAGAGAUGGAAUUUGUCUUGGGUUGGAACAGGCUCCUUGUGAAAUUCCAAAAGACUGUUUCGCGAAAAAUGCCACUUGUAAGAAUAAAAAGUGCGAUUGUCCGGAUCGAUUUUAUUAUGAAAAUGAUCACUGCUACAAAAAAGCUACAAAUGUCGACGAUGAGUGCCAUAGUCACACAGCAUGUAAAGAAAAAAAAAAUACUGAAUGCAAGAGUGGAAAAUGUCAAUGUCUUCCUAAUUACAAGGAAAGAGAUGGAAUUUGUCUUGGGUUGGAACAGGCUCCUUGUGAAAUUCCAAAAGACUGUUUCGCGAAAAAUGCCACUUGUAAGAAUAAAAAGUGCGAUUGUCCGGAUCGAUUUUAUUAUGAAAAUGAUCACUGCUACAAAAAAGCUACAAAUGUCGACGAUGAGUGCCAUAGUCACACAGCAUGUAAAGAAAAAAAAAAUACUGAAUGCAAGAGUGGAAAAUGUCAAUGUCUUCCUAAUUACAAGGAAAGAGAUGGAAUUUGUCUUGGGUUGGAACAGGCUCCUUGUGAAAUUCCAAAAGACUGUUUCGCGAAAAAUGCCACUUGUAAGAAUAAAAAGUGCGAUUGUCCGGAUCGAUUUUAUUAUGAAAAUGAUCACUGCUACAAAAAAGCUACAAAUGUCGACGAUGAGUGCCAUAGUCACACAGCAUGUAAAGAAAAAAAAAAUACUGAAUGCAAGAGUGGAAAAUGUCAAUGUCUUCCUAAUUACAAGGAAAGAGAUGGAAUUUGUCUUGGGUUGGAACAGGCUCCUUGUGAAAUUCCAAAAGACUGUUUCGCGAAAAAUGCCACUUGUAAGAAUAAAAAGUGCGAUUGUCCGGAUCGAUUUUAUUAUGAAAAUGAUCACUGCUACAAAAAAGCUACAAAUGUCGACGAUGAGUGCCAUAGUCACACAGCAUGUAAAGAAAAAAAAAAUACUGAAUGCAAGAGUGGAAAAUGUCAAUGUCUUCCUAAUUACAAGGAAAGAGAUGGAAUUUGUCUUGGGUUGGAACAGGCUCCUUGUGAAAUUCCAAAAGACUGUUUCGCGAAAAAUGCCACUUGUAAGAAUAAAAAGUGCGAUUGUCCGGAUCGAUUUUAUUAUGAAAAUGAUCACUGCUACAAAAAAGCUACAAAUGUCGACGAUGAGUGCCAUAGUCACACAGCAUGUAAAGAAAAAAAAAAUACUGAAUGCAAGAGUGGAAAAUGUCAAUGUCUUCCUAAUUACAAGGAAAGAGAUGGAAUUUGUCUUGGGUUGGAACAGGCUCCUUGUGAAAUUCCAAAAGACUGUUUCGCGAAAAAUGCCACUUGUAAGAAUAAAAAGUGCGAUUGUCCGGAUCGAUUUUAUUAUGAAAAUGAUCACUGCUACAAAAAAGCUACAAAUGUCGACGAUGAGUGUCAUAGUCACACAGCAUGUAAAGAAAAAAAAAAUACUGAAUGCAAGAGUGGAAAAUGUCAAUGUCUUCCUAAUUACAAGGAAAGAGAUGGAAUUUGUCUUGGGUUGGAACAGGCUCCUUGUGAAAUUCCAAAAGACUGUUUCGCGAAAAAUGCCGCUUGUAAGAAUAAAAAGUGCGAUUGUCCGGAUCGAUUUUAUUAUGAAAAUGAUCAGUGUUACGAAAAUGAUAAAAUUUCCGAUAAUGCGUCUAAUAGCAGUAAAGCAUGUAACAAAAAAAAUACCGAAUUCAAGGAUGGAAAAUGUCAAUGUCUUUCUAAUUACAAGGAAAUGGAUGGAAAUUGUCUUGGAUUGAGACAAGCUCCUUGUGAAACUUCAAAAGACUGUUUUUCCAAAAAUGCCACUUGUAAGAAUAAAAAGUGCGACUGUCCGAAUCCAUUUUAUUAUAAAGAUGAUCAUUGCUACAAAAAACCUACAAGUAUCGAUGAUACGUGUCAUAGUCAAAAAGCAUGUAAAAAAAUAGAAAAUACAGAAUGCAAGGAUGGAAAAUGUCAAUGUCUUCCUAAGUUUAAAAAAAGAAGUAAAAGAUGUCUUGCGUUGAAUCAAGCUCCUUGUAAAACAUCAAGAGAUUGCUUCGCCAAAAAUUCAGUUUGUAAAAACAAAACGUGCGAGUGUCCUGACCAAUUUUACUAUGAAAAUAAUCAUUGCUAUAAAAAUGCUACGAAAAUCGGUGAUGCUUGUUAUAGCGAAAAAGCUUGUAAGAACAUCAACAACACUUCUUGUAUCGAUAACAAGUGCCGUUGUAAAGAAAAUUUCAUGAAAGCCGAUGGAUCUUGCCUAGCAUUGGCAUUUCCUGUUGAUACCGACUAUCAGUGUCCCAACGGGUUCUAUUUUCAAAACGGAUACUGCGUGCACCGUGACCAUUCUUCGUGCGACAGAAUCGAUUGGUAUUGUACAAUUAGUACUUUGCGGUCGAGGUUCCAUACGUUCAAAGAGCAGCUUAUUGACUUUAAGCAGAAAGUUGCUUGUAAAGCAAUAGAU